AAUGGACUCCUCAAAGAAUCCGCAGUUUUAAUACAGUAAAGUAUAGACAAUAUAGAUAAUGGAACGGAAUAUGGAUCGAACAAAGACGAACGAUAAUGAUGGCGAAGACAAUCUGGGCGAAUGGACUCAGGCAAACAGGGAAAACAAACAAGAAUUGCAAGCUAAAUUAACACCAAAGUCUCCAAGCAGUACAUUACAGAAAGCCAUAGAGCUAGUAACCAAAGCCGUUGAAGAAGACAAGAACAAAAAUUAUGAAGAAGCUUUACGACUGUAUCAACACUCAACGGAAUAUUUUAUAACUGCCAUGAAAUAUGAAGCUCAUAGUGAAAAGGCAAAAGACAGUAUCCGGGACAAGUGUUCACGGUAUUUAGACAGGGCAGAAAAGCUGCAGCAGUUUUUAAAUACAAAAAUUGUGGGACAUGGAGGAGAAUCACUAUCAAGAAAUGAAGGGAAAUCGUCAAUGAAAAAUGAAUCUGAAAAUGAAAAGGGGGAAUAUCCAGGUACCUUUGUUUUUGAACGACCAAAUGUAAAGUGGGACCAUGUUGCUGGUUUACAGUUGGUUAAGGAAGCUCUUAAAGAGGCUGUUAUUUUACCUGUAAAAUUCCCUCAUCUGUUUAUAGGUAAUAGAGAAGCUUGGAGGGGAAUUUUACUGUAUGGGCCCCCUGGUACUGGAAAGUCCUAUCUAGCCAAGGCAGUGGCUACCGAGGCAAACAACUCCACAUUGAUCUAUGUGUCCUUGUCAGAUUUAGUGUCAAGUUGGCCUGGAGAAAGUAAAAGAUUGGUAAAGGCAUUAUUUGUGAGGGCUCGCGAAAAUAAACCUAGUAUUAUAUUCAUUGACGAAGUGGACACACUGUGUGAUGCGCAUAUUGAGAACAAAUCUGAAUCAGCUCGUAGAAUUAAGACCGAGUUCCUGGCCCAGACGCAGGGUGUUGGAGUGGAUAAUGAUGGGGUGAUCUUGCUGGGAACCACCAAUAAACCAUGGGUAUUAGACUCAGCCAUUAGGAAAAGAUUUGAAAGGAGAAUUUAUAUUCCCUUACCUGAAACAACUGCAAGAACAGAAAUGUUCAAAACUUAUCUUGGAAAUACCCCUCAUUCAAUCACUAAGGAAGAGUUCGAGGAACUUGGGAAGAGAACAGAUGGGUACUCAGGGGCUGACAUAUCAAUCGUGGUCCGUGAUGCUCUGAUGCAGCCUGUCAGGAAAGUCCAGACGGCUACACACUUUAGACCAGUUCAAGGUCAAUCACGAGACGACCCCAGUGUAAUAGUAGAUGACUUUUUGACCCCUUGUUCUCCUGGAACCCCUGGGGCCAUGAAAAUGACUUGGACAGAUGUGGAAGGAAAUAAGCUUCUGGAGCCUACUGUAUCAAUGGCUGAUAUGUUAUUGUCAUUAUCAACAUCUAAAUCUAGAGUGAAUAAAGCAGACCUAAAGAAACUGGAAGAAUUCACCGCUGAUUUUGGUCAAGAAGGAUAGAAGGGGGCCCAAGAAUUUUUGGGGGUCUUUUGUGUGCAUACACCCAAAUAUCAAGAAAAGGCUAAUCUGAUCUAGAAUACUGGCCUGUUUGUACAUAAAAUAUCUGGUUAUGCAUAGUAUUUUUGUGAGAGAUUUGAAUUGAUUAUGACUUGGAUAUCUACUGAUAGACCUUAUAAUUUUUUUUUUACACCUCAGAAAGAAUAAAAUUAAUAGAUGAUGAAAGUUAUGGAAAGCCAAAGGGUUCAAUUUUUAAUCUACAUAAUAAUAAUUUUUUGUUUUUGCUUUAUUCGUUAAAUGUAAAUUGAGAAAUGUUGUACCAGUUGUAAAUCGACAUUUGUAAGAGUUAAUGUGUUUCGGUUAAUUGUUGAUUAAUCAUCCGUUCGGUGCAAGUUUGACAUUUUUAUUUUUGUCCUUCGUAAUUUGCAUUUCUAGAUUUGUAAGGUACUAUUAUGACGACAGGGGGCGAGAGCUGCAUGUGCGUCGAAUCUUAUGGUAAACGGACUAGAGGAACCAAGGUAUCAUAUCAGCAUGUACAUACAUUAAUUUAUACCCGGUAGAAUUAAUUCCCGGAUGCAAACCCAUUUUUGAAAAACUCAUUUUAUGUAUUUUAUUACCUAAGCAUAUACAUUUAGUUGCCAAUUUUUCAUUUGUCAUUAUUAAUUAAAAUCUUACUGAAAGAAUGUCUUGUGCAGAUCUGUCAUGCGCGGAUCUCUAUGUUUAGGGUGGGGGUAACGGGAUUCAUGCACUCCGAAAAAAAUUAUUUAAUUUACAAAGUAAAAUUACCUAAAAUAGAGAUUGAAUUCCCUCACCACUUCUGUCCCUCGGACCGUUCCUCUUCUCAAAAAUGUUCUUGAUCCGCGCAUGAACACUGAAAACUAGCUAUGAGUGUAGGAGGAGGACAGUUAAUGUUCGUUUUUUAGUACAUGUAACAUUAAUUUACGAAAUAUCCAACAUGAUAAUAAAUGAAAUUUUACAAUGUGAGGAAUCAUACACCCAAAUUUUCACCAACAAUUACCAUUCAUAUGGAAAUUGUCACACAUUACACCCGUUAUUACAACAGUGGUACAUUGUAACCCAAAUUGUGGAACAAUUUACCACAAAAUACAAAAAAUAAAACUACAGUUUCAGCAUUUAAAAAUAUGAAUAGUAAAACACUGAAUAUGCAAAAAUUAUACAAUUAUGGUAAAAGAUUAGAAAAAAUUUGGCAUUGUCAAUUGAAAAAUAACAGUAGUAACUUAGAUAAGCUGAUCUCUUCUCACAUCACCUCAUUGAUUUAUCACUAUGUCAGAAGUGUCUGUUAGAUGUGGAAGACUCUAAACACUGCUUUUUACAACGUCCAUUUUAUGCCCCACAAUGGCAAUUUCUAUCUAAGUAUAAGAAUGACAAUAUCAUACUAAUCAAAGUACUGAAAGUACUGAAAAGCGCUAACCUAGCUUGGUUCUAAGAAAAUUUACUGUGUGCAAGCGUAGGCGGAAAUGAGCCUUAUUGAAAUUUUGGUUUAUUUUUAAUGAAUAUCAGUUUAAAGUAUCGAAGGCCAGAUUUCUUUAAAUAUAUGUUACUUUCUGAAGAUGAUGUGAAUUAAAGCUGAACACGACUUGUAUAUGGAUACUUGCCUGAAAAAAGAUAUGUUAAAAUCACAAAUUAUACC